UAUGCAAGGCGCUACUAUGAUUUAUGAUCGACUAGAACUUCAGCAAAAGAACCAAAGCUGUUGCCCUAUGUGUACAAAGCCCUUUGAGGAUCAAUCUGAAAUUGAUACUUUUCUCAGUACAUUGGAACAAAUGAGGAACUUUAUUCCUGCACAACAAGAAAAAUACAAAAAGUCAGCCAUGGAAGAAGAAAAGAAACUGGCUAAAUAUAAAGCUACAUUAAGUAGUUGGAUGAAACUAGAGACAGUAAAAAAGACAUGGUCAGUCUAAGUGAAUCUUUAAAGACACUUGAACAAGAAAAAACAGCAACAUCCACUAAGGUAGAAAUAGCUUCAACUGAAUUUGCUCAAGUGGAUGAUUGUAAAAUCAAAGCUGACAAAUUACUCUUGAUUGCUCGUAAUGUGUAUCGUCUUUACAAGGAAAUUGAAAGCUUGAAUGAAGAUAUUAUGGCUACAGAAAGAGAAUUGGGCAAUCAAGGGUCCAAGACACGUACCAUGACAGACGUCCAAAGAGAGCUGGAAGAUUAUGCCGAAAAAAGUAAAAUUACUCGUCGUGAUAUCAAGCGAAUUCAUACAGAUAUGGAUGUCCAACGUCGUCGUGUUCAGGCAAUUGAACUUUCAUUAAGAGAUUCUCGCGAAAAGAAAAUGAAACUAGAGCAUGAUUUGAAUUCUAAAGUGGCAUUAGAAUACACACUGCAAGAAUACAAGGAGCAAUUACAGGAACAUAUAGAUCAACAAGAGAAAAUUGAACAAGAUGCUCCUAUGCUAAAACACAAAGUGCAGUCUGUCACCGAAGAAUAUGAAGCCACUGUUCAGACAUGGAAGGCGCAAGAAGAAAAGAUGUCUAUGGAAGAAUACAAUAUCUCUCGCUUCAGUGAUCGCCUUGAAGAAUUCAAUACAAAUCUAAACAAGAGUGCAAACGAAACAAGUUCUCAACGAGUUCAUGCGGUCAAGAAGGAAAUCUCUGAUUUACAGACCAUGAUUCAAAAGACAAAAGAAGACAUGACUAGAGUAGAUGAAAAGCUGGCCAUUAUUGAAAAAGACGAGGCAGAAAGAAGAGGUGUUGAAAGAGAUUUACAAGAUCAAAUUAAGUACCGAGAGAUGUCUGUCGAGUUGGCUCAAUGCGAACAAGAUCUGAAGGAAUUGGAAGAUAAAUUAGCAGAGUUUGAUAGAGAAACAGCAGCGAGAGAUCUUGCUCGACUACACGCAGAAGAAAGUCAAUUGAUUGACAAGCGUGGUAGUCUUCGUGGUGAGUUAGGCCAAAUGCGGGAUCAAAUCAAACGAUACAAUGCUGAACUGACAAGAGACUAUGAUAAUGUCGAUGGCCGUUACGGCAAAUUGUUUAUCGAUGUCAAAACACAUGAAUUGGCUAAUGGUGACUUGGAAAAGUAUGCUAAAGUGCUGCAAACUGCUAUUAUGAAAUACCAUUCGCUCAAGAUGCAAGAUUUGAACAAAAUUAUUAAAGAAUUGUGGAUAGACACUUAUAAGGGAGGAGAUAUUGAUUAUAUUGAAGUACGUGCUGAUUCUGAAGGCACAACAGCUUCUCGAUCCUUUAAUUACAGAGUGGUGAUGAUUCAAAAUGGCAAAGAAUUAAACAUGCGAGGUCGCUGUAGUGCAGGACAAAAAGUAUUAGCUUCGAUUAUCAUUCGCUUGGCACUUGCUGAGACAUUCUGUGUCAAUUGUGGUAUAUUUACGCUGGACGAACCCACAACCAAUUUAGAUAGAGACAAUAUUGAAAGUUUGGCUGAGAACCUUGCCAAAAUAAUCAAGAGUCGAAGCCAACAAUCCAAUUUCCAAUUCGUGAUUAUCACUCAUGAUGAAGAAUUUGUAGAGUAUUUGUCUCGAGCAGAUAUUUUUGGUCAAUACUACCGUGUACAAAAAGAUCACAAUCAACACAGUACAAUUUCCUUACAACAGGAUGCUACUAUUGUGGCAGAAGAAUAAACAUAAGCUGUACAUUUUAAUAAUUAUACUACAACGUUGUGAAAAAGAUUGUAUAAAAAAUUAUUUGAUAUGAUCUCAAUAGUUAAAAAACAUAUACAGUAAAGAAGAGUGGAAAAAAAAAAGAAUCAUACAGUAUUAAUUUCUGUUCUGACGCCAGUUGUUGUUUUGGUAACGUUGACCGUUAUUGUUGUUGUUAUAACCAUAGUUGGAAGGCGCACGGUCUUUACCCCAAGAUAACUAGUGUGAUAUCAGUAAACACCUUUUCUCUCU